UUAACGGACACCGUUAUCGCUGUUCUCCUCUAACUCUGUCACUUCUCUCCUUCUCGGCUCCGGAGGGCUUUGGAUUGGAUUUGGGGGAGGAUGAGCGCUGUCUUUGCGGUGUGUAAAAGAGGGCUGUAAUUCUGAGAAUUUGGAUAUCCAUCUCCGAAUUUGAAUCGCUUUUGAUAUCUCUAAUUUCUCGAACUCGAUACUUAUUGUAAGUUUUUUUGUUUCGUGUUCUUGUUCUAUAUUCAUCGGAAUUAUUGAUUCUAUUUUGCCUCUGUUGUUGGGAUUCUGCUGUCUGCAAGUUUAUUGUUCAUAUCCGUCUAGGUUUUCGUUUUGUUUUCGUCUAUAUUCAUCGGAAAAUUUCAGAGGAGAAAUUUUCAAUUUCGAUUGUUGAUGUUGUGGUGUAAUUUGGUGGUGAAAAGUGUUGAUUGUAGUUGCGUUUGAUUUUGUCUGGGAAUCUGGAUUUGUAUGGAUGUGUUAUGAGGUGAGAGUUUAGAAUUUGGAGGAGGCUGGGAGAUAGUUUGUUCUUGCUGAAACUUAGGAUUCUUUGAGGGUUAAGCGCUGAGAGAACAUGGGAGAAGAUUUGCUAACAAGUUUAUCCAUGGAAAAUCACCAUCCAUCUACCUUAUUGUCGAUGGAUUCAAGUUCUAUGUCUCAUGAAGAACUCAAGCGAGAGUUUAAACGGCCAAUUGUUCUUUCCCGACCACCGGACAUUAAUCUUCCUCUUUCAGCUGAGCGCAGCCCUCCUCCACAAUCCUGGAAAUCAGAGCCUUUUGAUAUGUUGGAUGUUAGUCUAGGAACUCAGAUGAAUGAAACGGAUGCUCUUCUUAUCCUGCCCAAAACUGGACGCAAGUUUUCCAAGAGAUUAGAUAGUGUGUGGGGUGCUUGGUUUUUCUUUAGUUAUUAUUUCAAGCCCGUGUUGAACGAGAAAUCGAAGAGCAAAAUCGUGCAUGACGGUAAUGGAGUUUCUGGAUUUGACAAGUCUGAUCUAGAGCUUGAUGUGUUCAUGGUUCAACAUGAUAUGGAGAAUAUGUAUAUGUGGGUUUUUAAGGAAAGGCCAGAGAAUGCAUUGGGUAAAAUGCAGCUUAGGAGCUAUAUGAAUGGGCAUUCUCGUCAAGGCGAACGCCCUUUCCCUUACUGUGUCGAUAGGGGGUUUGUUCGGUCUCAUAGGAUGCAACGAAAGCAUUACAGGGGCCUGUCGAAUCCUCAAUGUGUGCAUGGCAUUAAGUUCGUUCCAUUGCCGAAUCUUAAAGGUCUUGACGACGAGCAGCAGAAAAGAUGGAUGGAACUUACAGGGAGGGAUCUUAACUUCUCUGUCCCGCCAGAAGCAAGCGAGUUUUGUUCAUGGAGGAACCUUCCCAGCACCGAAUUUGAGCUGGAAAGACCCCUUCCUCCAUUGAAGACCAACUCCCAUGCUCCUCCUCCGAGAAAAUUGUUAAAUGGGACUAGUUUUAACCUGUCAACUCAACCAACGAGCCAUGUAAAUGGUGGAGGAAUGGAUCUGUCGCCAAAAGGAAACAAGCGGAAGAAGGAUGCAUUUCUACAUGGUAAUGAUGAGGAUUAUUGUUUGCUCAUUAACCAGCCUAAUGAGAGAGUUCAAGAUACAGAAAUCCAUCCUGUCGAGCCUCCGUGGUUAAACGAUUUCAGUGGGGUAAUGAGGAACGUAUACGGUCCGGUUACAGCUGCGAAAACUAUCUACGAGGACGAGCAAGCGUAUUUGAUAAUCGUUAGCUUGCCUUUAGCCGAUCUAAAACGGGUUAAAGUGACUUGGUGGAACAACCUAACUCAUGGGGUUGUAAAGAUAACAUCAGUGAGCAGUGGCUGCAUGCCCUUUCUGAAAAGAAACGACAGAACAUUCAAGCUCACCGAUCCAUCGCCCGAACACUGCCCUCCCGGAGAGUUCAUAAGGGAAAUUCCAUUGCCAACCAGGAUUCCAGACGAUGCAAAGCUAGAAGCUUAUGGAGAUGAGUCGGGUACCGGUCUAGAGAUAAUGGUGCCUAAACAUCGCGUUGGUCCAGAAGAACAUGAAGUUCCUGUUUGCCUUCGCCCUCAUCUCGGAGCAAACGAGCUCGUGUUAUCUUAAAGGGUACUGUUGAUUGUCAUUUUCCAGUGGUGUAGCAAACAAAACAGAUGAUUUUUGUGAAAUUUAAAGGGAAAAUAUGUUUUAAUCCGUUUUCCUUUGAUUUAAAUACCAAA